GCGGUUGCCACCUGUACGGCUGCUAUUGAAUGCAUUGUUUCCAGUGUCCAAUCAGAGAGCUGGUCUUGCCCAGCUCUGUCAGCGCCACGUAGCAUUAACCCCUGGAUCGCCAUCGCCCCCCCUCCUUUCCCAUUUUUCGGUAAAGAGUAAAAGAGCAUCUCGGUGGAGGUGUCUAUGAUUCGCAUCUUUCUGCUUUUCGUGGCCCCUACCUUUCUCGCGAUCGCACUUUGCAUUUCCGUUUCCCAUGGUACUUCGAUCGUCGCGGAGUGUCGCCUCGUGCUCUCAAGUCUUGCUGGAACUGGGGAGGGAUUGACCUUGACUGGAUCGCGUUUGCUUUGACGAGCCGAUGAGCAACCGGUGGUGGACGCGUUGGGCUUGGGGAUGGGCGGUGGUCGGAUCGCUGAUUUCGCUCGGCGCUUCCGUUGCUGAAGCCGGAGAGGAGAGAGUGGUCACUCGAAUCGCCUUCGGAUCGUGCGCGAACCAAAGCGCGCCUCAGGAAUUUCAUGUUUUGCAGCCUAUCUGGGACGCAAUCAUCAAGUUUGAUCCUCAGGUAUUCAUUUGGCUGGGUGACAAUAUAUAUGGAGACAUAAGGCGUCCUUUACGACUGUUCGGCAAAGAAAGGACGGUAGGACCGUGGAAGAAUGUCCCGAGAUUUGUUCCUUCAUCUGAGCAGGAGAUGGAGUCCAGAUACGAGAGAGCUAAGACUAAUCCCGGUUAUUCUCGUCUUCGACAGAAUGCUAAGGUAAUUGGCACUUGGGAUGACCAUGAUUAUGGACUGAAUGACGCAGGAAAGGAAUUUGGUGGAAAAAUCACCAACCAAAGGCUUCUCCUCGAUUUCUUAGAUGAACGUAAGGAUAGUCCCAGGCGUAAGCAAGCAGGCGUUUAUGCAUCGUACACAUUUGGUCCUGUGGGUAAGCAAGUAAAGGUCAUUCUCCUAGAUACAAGGUAUCAUCGAGAUCCUUUGUUUAGCGAUGGAAGCAUCUUGGGGUUGGAACAGUGGACAUGGUUAGAGAAAGAGUUGAUGGGGCCGGCAACAGAGUUAACUAUAAUUGGAUCUUCCAUUCAGGUCAUAUCGAAUCUAUCGGCUGCAACUGGCCCCAUGUUUUAUCUGGAGGCGUGGGGACGUUUUCCAAAGGAGAGAGACCGGCUAUUUAAAUUAAUUGCGGAGAGUAAGAGAGAUGGUGUGUUCUUCAUAAGUGGAGAUGUUCAUUUUGGAGAAAUUGCGAGAUAUGACUGUGGGGUUGGUUAUCCAUUGUUUGACAUUACUUCUAGUGGGCUUACGCAAGCUGUGGAGAAGGCUGUCCCACCUCCAUUAAAUAUCGCUGUGAGAUUUAUGGCAUGGUUGACGCCAAGUACCAUGAGGGUGAUGAGCCAUAACUGCAGAUUCAGGUCCUGCACUUUUGGUCAACCCAAUUUUGGGGCAAUUGAGGUACAUUGGGGCGAAAACCCAGUGAAAUUGACAGUUCAAGUGAGAGAUAUACAUGGACACCCUGUAACAGGUGUCAAUGUUCCGUUGUCCGAGCUGAGAGCAUAUAACGGGAAACCUGUGGCUGCCGACACCGCUGGAGGUUAUAAAAGGCAUUGUUCUCUGGAAGUUACCUUACCAUGGAUUAUCAGAUAUCGCAUGCUGAUUUUUCUUUAUUGCGCCAUAGCUGUAUCUUUUCUUGCUUUUCUUGGAAUUGCCUAUGAAGUUGGAUCACUCUGCUGGAAGUGUCUCCAGAAGCACAAGCUUGAUUGAUGGUUACCAGGGCCAUCUUCUAUAAAGUGCUAGGGCUUCUACAGCUGUUAAGCCUAGUUUAUAGCUUUCUAGUAGCAUCAUCUACAGUUACAGAUGCCGCCAUUUCUUCUGACGGACAGCCGGAGUAACAACAUUUGUCAUCUUCGAUACUAUUUGACAAUUCUUAAUGUGUGGUGUUGAAGAUGAGCCCCAUGCAAGUCUCAGGCUGCGGGCUUGGACAUUAAUAGCACUACCUAGUUUUAGUUUCCAGGUUAUAAAAUUCAAGCUAACAUACUUGUUUUGCGUCAUGUGACGCAUAGAACAAUGUGAAACGAGAAGGUUUUUGACUGGAGUGAACGUCACUCUUGGUUUUUGAAUAUUAUUCUGCUAAUUUUCAAGUAA